AUGCAGGGGCCUUAUUCCGCACCCCACCUCCUUGUGAACCAGAUCCUCAAUCGGAACAGGAGACAUAACGCAAGGAUAGGGGUGGCCAACUCCCUCUUCACCACUCAAAACACUCCAAACAUGGGGGAUUCUGAGCUUCAGCCAAUCAGACACCCAUCAUCCAUUGUUUUACACAGAGGGGCCAAGUUUUUCUCACCAGAUGUGAUGUCUCCAAUCCAAUGUCCUCCCCAUCCCCUCUCCCCCCCCUCCUCCUCUCCAGAGACAGUAUUUAUUUUGUGGCUUCCUUUUAAAAGUGAUGCUAGUUGCUUGUUGCUUUUCCUUUAA